CGCCUCGUGGGGAGGAGAGACUCCAUCCCAGCCCAAGCAGGGCCAGCCCCACAGUCACCUCCUCUCUGCUUUGGUGUGUGUGAAACCCAAAUAAAAUGGCUUUCUGAGAAGCUGGAGAAACAGCCAGGACGCCAGGGCAGUGGGCUGGGCAGGAAGAAGCACUUUUACUGGUCUUUUCAUCGGGCUCAGUGGUCUGCGUGGGCUCCAGGCCCGGACGCAGCUCCCUGCUGCCUGCAGGUCAUGCCCUCUACUGCUGGCCUUCAUUCAGGAGGCCUAGGCCUGAGGUUUGUGCUCUGGAAAGCCCUGGAUCCAGGGGCAUGUGGAGGGUCCAUAUUCCCAGCAGUCCUUGUGGUCCUGUGGCUGGUGGACUGAGCUGCAGCCUGGUGACUCCCCAAGAAAAGGGUAGGGUGAGUCUUACUCUAACAUGCCAAAGUAUCCCCGUGCCGCGGUGACAGACCUGUCCUUUGUCUCCAGUGCGCUGGGGGUGGAACUUGAGGUCUCUGAUGGCUUGUGGGUGCCAUGCGGAUAAAGGAAAGGAAGGCCAGGUGGCGGUGGGGCACCCCUUAAUCCAGCACUUGGGGGGCAGAGUAAGUUCUUGGUCAGCCAGAGUGGUCACACAGAGGAAUCCUGCUGAAAAAAAAGAAAAGCAGCAUUUGGUGCCCCUUCCCCAUCGCAGGCCUCUCAUGUCCAGAGUUCCUGUCUCUGGAGCAGUAGUCUACUGAACUGUGCUUAAAGGGACCCUGCCAGUCACAGCUGGUCACAGAAGGACAAAGAAGUUUGUAACGGAAGGAGACUGGGGAGUUGGGGACAGUUCACUUCUAGUUAACAUGGUAAGAAAGCGGGAACUGGGGAGAUGGCUCAAAAGUCCUGAUUCGAUUUCUCACAACCACGUGGUGGCUCACAACCAUCUGUAAUGAGAUCUGCCCCUUCUGGGCUGUAGGCAGAAAUAACAGGCAAGACACCAACCAUAAAUCUUUAGGAGAAAAAAAUGUUAAGUAGGGGUGGGGGUGUGCACACAUAUAGUCUCAGCACUCUGGGACAGAGGCAGACUAAUCUUGGUGGUUUCAAGCCAGCCCCAGUGAGUUCAAAGACAACCAGAGCUACAUAGUGAGACUUUCCUCAAAAAAAAAAAAAAAAAAAUCUUUAGGCCAUCAUCUACUACACACAAUUUGAAGCCAGCCUGGUCUACGUAGAGAUCAGACCAGCCAACAACAGUGCUCAGUAGGUGAAGGCUUGCCACUAAGCCCGAGGACAGGAGUUUCAGUAAGGACCCAUGUGGUGAAAGGAGAGACUUGGCCCUGCAAGUUGCCUCUGUGGGAGUUAGGUAUCAGAACGGUGCUAAAGGAAGCAAAAGACUUGUAAAAGCAACAGGGAAAGGAACACUGGGGAUUUGAUAGCUGCCACCUUUGCUGUCUCCAGAGACACUUUCUAAAACCACCCAGAGCAGGGUGUGAGGGAGGAGCUGUCACUUGUACUAGGUGGGCGGAACUUGGAAGGCCACCUGUCCUCACAGAAAGAAAGUGGGGAGACACACCCCAGACCACACAUCUGCGCCAGCAUGGAGGUCCACCAGUCCCUGCUGCUCUUGCUAGCUCUGGAGACGCUGUGGGCAGCAGGUAACACAUUUGAGACCCACAUCAUUGGGGGUCAAGAGGCAGCUCCACACUCUCGCCCAUACAUGGCCUCUCUACAGAAAUCGGGGUCCCAUGUGUGCGGAGGAGUCCUCGUGCAUCUAAAGUGGGUGUUGACGGCUGCCCACUGCCUGUCCGAACCGGUACAGCAGCUGAAGCUGGUGCUAGGCCUGCACCACCUCCAUGACUUGCGAGAUCCGGGCCUCACCUUCCACAUCAAGGCAGCCAUCAAGCAUCCUGGCUACAACAACAACUAUGAAAACGACCUGGCGCUGUUAAAGCUGGAUGGACGGUUGCAGCCCAGCAGGAAUGUCCAGCCGCUGGCUCUGCCCAGAAAGAACCAAGCCAGGCCGGCAGAAGGUGCUCAGUGCAGCACUGCUGGCUGGGGAAGGACCCACCAUGGUGGGCCCCUAGCCCGCGCCCUGCAGGAGUUGGAGCUGAGUGUCCUGGACACCCGCAUGUGUAACAACAGCCGCUUCUGGAACGGUGCCCUUGAGGAGGGCAUGCUGUGCUUAGCAGCAGCAGCCAGGAACCAGGCGCCCUGCAAGGGCGACUCCGGAGGACCCCUGGUGUGUGGCAGAGGCCAGGUGGAUGGGAUCCUGUCUUUCAGCUCCAAAAGCUGCACAGACAUCUUCAAGCCCCCUGUGGCCACCGCUGUAGCCCCCUACAUCCCCUGGAUCAGGAAGGUCAUCCGUCGUUGGCGUGAUGACCAGGACACGCUCGCUGACCAGAGUGGGGAGGGACUAGGUGUACCUCUGAGGACCAAUAAAUGAU